GGCGUGUCAUGCCUUCCUCACGCUGUCUCACUGCACAGCACGCUCUGGCAACACAACAAGACAGCAAUAAUAGCAACCGGCCAAUUUCAAAGGUAGCAUUCUCAGUGCUGGUGCACGAUAAUUAUUGGUCCGAUAAUUAUCGGUCCGAUAAUAGGAAUUAUGACGUCAUCCCGAUAAAUCCAAUAACAUUUAUAAUAGGACCGAUAAUAUGUACUGUUCUGGCUUUGCAGUUUACACAAUAGUAUGGGAAAUCAGUUGACCAUUUGCGGGGCAUUGCUCCCACCUGCUGGUCAGAAUAAUUCAAUGCACCUAUUUUUUGUUACAGUAGUUUGGUUCAAUCACUUACACGUCGGUGUCUAGCGGUAGCAUUGACAGUCGUGAAUGCUUUCUGUCACGUUUCUGCCUCAGAAAUAUAUGUAUUUUAUGUUUACUAUUACAUAUGGAUGUGCAAAAUAUGUUUACUUCUGUGGUGAAGGGUCAUAUGAACAGAACUUCAUAAGUUGUGUUAUAGAAGCCAGCCAAUGCUUUAGUAGCUCAAGCUAGUGUGCUAUGCUAUACAUAUAAUAGUUGUGUAUAUAAGUGUAUUGUGCAGUUUGUUCUAUAUUGAUUAUUGAAUAUGUGUAUUUUUGUGUUGUACUUUCACAAUAUUAAGACGAGUGUCUUCCCAUAAAAGCAAGAAAAGACCAAGCCUUGUGGUUUAUGGAAGUGCAUUCAUUCUUAGCUGGCUGUCGGGCAGUGCAGAAGUGAAACGCACUGUUUUGUUCAUGUCAUUAUGAAAAAUCUGAUGAGAUCAAGGGCAAAUCUAUGUUGAAUCAACCACAAAUUUUUUUUUUUUUAAACCUCCAGGUGUUCAAAAACUCAAAACAAAAAAGUUAUAUAUUUAUUAUCGGUUAUCUAUAUCUGUAUCGGCUUUGAGGAGCAGGAAGUUAUCGAUAUCGGUUUCAAAAAAUGGAUAUCGUGCACCUCUAUUUCUAAGCCUUGAAUUCUUUUCAAUGUUUAAUAUUGUUACAUUACGGAAUAAUUACAUGUAAGAUGCUGCCAACCAGAUAAGGGAAAAUUAGGGUUCUGCACCAUUCACAUUAAUGGUUCCUUUCGCUUAGCGUUGCGAGAGGCAUGCAUGUCUCGCAGCUUGCUUUUUGGUGCCUCCGCUAGUGCCUCCAAUAGUGGUAUAUUGCCAGGUUACCUUUGUCCAUUGUCUCGGCAUUGAUCCAAGUAUGACUAUCAUAUGAAUCUGCCUUUGUUCCGACAGAGUGAAAACACUAUUGUUUAAGUGUUGAUGAUCAAGAUUAGAUUAAUUAAUAAUUUACCACAAUGUUCGAUGUUCCAACAGUGGGAAAUCUAUCCACUGUUACUCAAAACAAUGGGAAUUUGGGACGGGAACUUUUCCUCUGUGAAUGAAGUAGAUUGGCUCAUACACGUACAAUACUGCAUUCCCAAACCGGGAAGUGUGACGUAAAUUCCCGAACGCAACAGAAGAGUAUCCACAGCGACCAUAGUAGCAGCAACGAUUUCAAUGAUAUUCCCACCGAAUGUAACCAUUCAGUAUCGGUCUUUCGUUACGCUAACGAUGGCAACGGCUUCUAGGAAAGAUUAUGUACAAUUAAUCCCUACAUGUUUAAACAUGAGGCGUCAGAUGAAGACUAUUUACUUGGCACAGCAGACGUUGGUGACGACGCCGGUUGGCAGCUUGACACUUUACGAAAGGAAGAAUGGUAGACCUAUGUCAAGCAUCGUGAUUUCUCUCUGAACCUUUCUUUACCGAGUGAUUCUCUGAUAUAAUUAUCAGUAAUUGCAAAAACAGACGAGUAGUUAUAUAUAUAGAAAUAAAUGUAUCAAAUUGACAUGAGUGGACAACCUGUCAACUGGCUUUUGACAGACAAGCAACAAAACAAAACAAAAAAACAAGUCGCAGGUCAGCAGUUGGUUUUGUCCUCCUUUAAGGGAGUUCCAAAAAAUCGAUUAUUAGAUGCAUCGCGAUUUGACACGAGACAAUUCGAUUACGAUUCAUGAAGGUUCAAAAACGAUGAUUUUUGCCUAAUAACUUUAUGACAGCUGUUCGUAGCGGAAUGUCAAGACACAUCUGCCGCCCGGACACCUUUAACGGAUGCACGCACAGCGUUAUGAUGGAUGCUGCCGGUUACUGAGCGAGAGAUUUACUCCUUUUCAAAAGACUGGAAAAUAGAUUUGUGUAUGAGACAGGCAGGGACCCGGUGGUUGCGCUUCUGUGCACGAGUUAUUUUUUAGAGCCAGAGGGGAAGAGAGAUAGUUUGUUGCUCCUUGUCUUUAGAUGUCCCUCAGUAGUUUCAAGUCAUGUCAAUUGAAAAAUAUCCUGAGUCUGUUGCUAAGACCCGUGUGCGUCUGUAAGAGGUGAGUACACGAACCCUAUUGUACUGUUUAGCCUUUAUUGUUGUUGUUUUUGAGAUGUUAACAGUCAGUGCAGAGCGCUAAGCUAAUAAGCUAAUUCGCUAACGUGUAUUUCAUACGCACAUGUAAAACCGUGAUUAAGUACAGCGGUAACCCUAAGAACAUGCGAAAAUAGUACAGAAAUCUGUGAAAACAAAGUAUAUUGGUUCAAAGAAGUCUUAUUUCUAAGGACACUUUGUUUCCAGAAAAUGUGAAAUUCAUUCCACCUGUGCAGAUUUAAUUGUAUUGUUGAGAGAAAUAAGUACUGCAUUUAAAAUGGUUAAUGUUUUAGCACUUUCUUAUAAAAAAUAAAAUAAAAAAGCAGCUUAAGGGCAGCUUUUUGUUGUCUGGGCAUGUUUCCAUUGUUCCUGUUGAAUCGUUAGGAUAUUUUAAAUAAAUAAUGGACAUAAAUUUGUUUGGCUACUUUAUUAAUUAGUAAUGUACGAUGCAUCGAUAAUUGUGAUAAUCGUGAUAAUCUUGAUAACUUUGAUCAUUGUCAAUACCGCGAUCACUUUUCAAUAAUCGAAUCGUAGCACCCUGAAUCGUGAUCGAAUCGACUCGUGGGGUGCCUAAAGGCCGAGUUAUGCUUCCGUGUCAGACCUGCGGUGUCAAGGAAGACCCAAUUUACGACCCUCCGCCGUAGCUUCUCUGUCUCCUUGUCAUUUUUCUGACUCCGCAUCGCAUAAACGCGUGUGACGUGGUGGAAAUCGACUAUGAUCGGUCCGCUCAGGCUGUUGUUUCCGGUUCAGUGCGAAAUCACCGACAAUGUCAAACAUGAUUUUUCAACACGCAAAAAUGGACAAAGCCCACGAGAAUAUCAACGAAGAGCAAGCGACAACUUCUACAAUGUCUCGUUAAGACAUUAUGAAGUUUGCAAAUGGCAAGCAAUUCGUGGGAGGAGAUUGCUGAAAAUAUGGGGCUGGAGGUCAGCCAGCGAUUGAAUAAAAAAAUGGAAAAACCACCGAGACAAGUAUGUAUGUGUGUUCGGAAGCGAAUGGCCACACAAAGCGGUGACCCAGUCGGCCAAAAACUGCCAGCUUUUUAUUCGUAUUUUUGGUUGGUGCACUUCAUCAUUUAUUGUGUACAUAUGCUGUGAGUCUGUGACUUAUUUACGUGUUACACUUCAAGUAUAUGAAGAAUAAAGCACAGGUUUGGUGUCAAAAGGGUUGUUUUGAGGUUUAAUUUUCAACAACAGACAGUUCACACUCGAUACAUCAUCACUGAUUGAGAGUGCCUCUGUGCUUUUAUGAUAACGUUAACAUCAAGGCUUCCAAUGCAGUUUGGGAAGUUCCAUAGCUGCCAGAAAUUUGCUAUGGCUUCCCACUGGCUGGUUGUAGGACACGGCAAAAAAAUAAUCUGGCUAGAGGGCUGUCCGCAGUUCUUUGCAGACCUCUGACAAAACGCCGGACAUGGUGCUCGACGCCAGUUUGAAGCUAGCCGCCACAGCUUGCUGGUUUCCACCCGAGGCUAGAACUCUCUGUACGGCAUCAAAAGUCGGACAGACCGCCUCGAAACAGUCUUUUGUGUCGCCUGCGCCUCAACAAUUGUAUGAUGAACAUUUAUUCAAUGUUCCAUCUUUCGUUGUUUACUAAUUUUUUUCUCCGUUAAACUAGACUAGAGGAAGUCAACAAGCAUGCCCCAAAACCGUACAAACAUAAUGCCACAGUGGCUAGACGGUGAAUUACAGAGCAACGCGUUCCCUCGCCGCAGAACUAUCGAAUGCUCAUUGACGCUGUAGUCACUUCACCGUCAACGCAACGCAGGAGCAUAACUCAGGCUUAAGAUGGCACACCCCUAAUAUCAACAGAAUUGCAUCAAAUUAUAGAAUUAGAAAAGCCAGUAAGGGUCUACUUAAGUCGUUGAAAAAAACAGGGCUGUAUCCUCCUAGGCUUUCAAAGCUGUCGUCGCUGAAAUGUUGAAAACAUAGAAAAAGAAGGUUUUUUUGGGCCACUCGUAGUCUCGAGCCUUCGUGUGAGCAAUUCGUAGCCCCACAUCGAGAUGGCAUGAUGAAUCUCGCGAGUAAAACCCAGAAAUAUAUAUGGCGAGGAUGGCGUGGUGCUAUACUUUCGUAUCGGAGUGCUGGCGAGGUCUAUGGGAAUUGACGUCAUCAGGUAGCGGUCGGCGGCGAGGUGCGUUGCUAAGGUGUUGCUAUGGUAGUAACUUAAAAACUACACAGUCAAUUCAACAAAAUUUUUUGUAAUGUGAGUUUUAGGACAGCCAAUGAUGCAUUUAGUACAAUGUAACUACGUACAACACUCAUGAAUUUAGGUCUUCACCUCCCCUUUAAGAAAUCUCCUUGGGCCACGCUUGAUAUCAACACACUCCUAGCCUCAGGGUACCACUCCCAAUGUUGAACAACCUCUGUUCUCAUUGGCCUAUUUAUUACCCCAUUCUCGCAGUGCAAAGCAGACGUGUUGCUGCAAGCUGUCCUGCAAGUAAUCUUGCUUGAAGAUGCUUUGAGGCGGCAUAUGCGCAUGCAUUCUGUAGUCUUGGCUUAGAGACAAAGUGGUACUCCCCCUUAAAGCUUAUCAAAGCUGUAUAUCUCACAGUUAUGCAAUGCAUUCUCUACAUAAGGUAAUAUUAAACAGCCUGUUUGAUCUAUCCUUUGUGUGCAUAGGCAUACGUGCAUGUUUUCCUGUGAGAGGAUCAGAAACAUGAAGGUCAUGUAUGUGUGCGUGUGUGAUUUAAUGAGAACAGGGCUGAAAAACAUUUUCCACCUCCUGGUAAGUUGCCCUGAUAACAACGUGACAAUCAUCAUUACCAAUUUUCAGAAGCUUUUUAGUGUGUAGGACUGCACGCCGCAGAGCAACGCUAUAAGAACAGGGGUGGGGUGGCUGAAAUGUCACUAUUGCAUAACUGUUGAGGAGGAAGAGAAAGAAAGCGAGGGAAAAUAAAAAGCAAGAAAAUGUGUUUAGUCAAAGAAGAAGAAAGUUUUAGCUCUUUUUUGUUCAUUCUUAACUUGACAACCAAAGAAAAUUUAUUUUUCCUCUCUCUUUGUAAGUAACAAUGCAAAAUUAGAAAUAUGUCAUUGGAAAAGGUGAAGCUCAAGGAAGAUGGCAACUGAUUGGUGGACCUUGUCAUCUACUCCGACCUACACACGCCCUCUCUGCCGAGGCAUGCACUCACUUGUAGACAGUUCACAGAAAGGGAAUGUGUGUUGCAACCUGUGGAGUCUUUGGCUUUGGCGUUUACUGUAACUUUUCUGCAGCCUUCCACUGCUGCAGCUGUGCACUUUUGUUGUUGUACUCCACAUUUUACGCUUCCUAUGUUGGAAGUAUGAAGCACUAAUCUUUCCCGGAGGGUGACGCUUCCUUUCGGCAUGGUCCAGAGGGAUAUGACCAUCCUGUCAGUCCUUCAGCUCAAACUCCAACAGAGGCGCACGCGAGAGGAGCUGGUCAGCCAAGGGAUCAUGCCACCGCUGAAGAGCCCAGCAGCAUUUCAUGAGCAGCGGCGGAGUCUGGAGCGUGCAAGGACUGAAGACUAUCUCAAGAGGAAGAUCCGGAGUCGUCCUGAGCGCUCUGAGCUGGUCAGAAUGCACAUUCUGGAGGAGACAUCGGCAGAACCCUCCCUGCAGGCUAAACAGCUGCAGCUAAAGAGAGCUCGACUUGCCGACGACCUCAACGACAAGAUCUCGCACAGGCCAGGUCCCAUCGAACUUGUGCACAAGAACAUCCUGUCCGUCUGCCCUGAUCAGCACUCACCACCCGAUUCUCCAAAAGGAGCUGGAGGAGAGAGUUCGUCUUUGGACGAAGACAGCAGUGACCCGCUGUCACCCGACCAGCUAACCAAUCACGACUCUCCUCUGAGUACUGUCCCGCAGCCGUCGCCCUCUGACACGCUCACCCAAAAUGGAGACGUGUCCCCCACUCAGUUUGUUACGCAAGCCGCUCCACAGCCGCCUCCUACUCCUGUGGUCAAUGGAUCAGAUUCACCCCCGCCACUUAAAGUGACAAAUGGGAUCAUAGUAACCUCCCGUACAGCCUGCACUCAAUUUGGGCAGCUCAAGUCUCACAGUAAGACUGGUUCCGACCGCCCUCCGCUGAGAUCCAAAAAAGCAAAGGACAACAAACCCAAGGUGAAGAAACUGAAGUACCACCAGUACAUCCCUCCAGACCAGAAGGCGGACAAGGAGCGCCCGCCUCUGAUGGACUCUUCCUACGCCAAACUCCUGCAGCAACAGCAGCUCUUCUUACAGCUUCAGAUUCUCAACCAGCAACAGCAGCACUACAACUACCACGCCAUCCUGCCUGCUCCCCCCAAGCCAGCAACAGACCAGCCCCUCCCAACAAACCCCAGCCCUUCCCCCACUCGCAACAUUCCCACGACCAACACCGCAACCCCAACAAGUGGAAACGCACGUCAGGUCCAAGCGACAGUGGGAGGGGCCAAACCAACCACUUUGCCGGCUAACCUGGAUGAGUUUAAAGUCGCCGAGUUGAAACAGGAACUAAAAUUGCGCGGUUUGACAGUCUCCGGCACAAAGAACGAUCUCCUCGAGAGGCUCCGCAACUACCAAGAGCAAAAUGGCUUGAAAAAUGGCGCGCUGCAACCCAUUCAUCAGAGCGCUGUGUCCGCAGCUAACGGCGCUCCUGCCACUGGCACUGACUACCAACAGGCCGAAGGAGGGUUCAAGGUAGCUUUGUCACCGUUGGCUCAGGGUCUUCCCGCUCGGGUCAUGCGUUUCGGAAGCACCAGCUCCAGCCCGCCUGUGUCUCCUUCGCCAUCUGAACGGUCGUUAGCAGGGCUAAGUCCAGAUGAAACCAGCUGUAAUGGAGACAUGUUUGGAGAGAUGGUGAGCUCUCCCCUUACUCAACUCACACUCCAUCCCUCUCCUCAACACCCGUCCAAUGUCUCCCCCAUCCAACCCAAAGAAGAAGGCUUGCACACAUGCAGCUUCCACAGGUCUUCACCUGGCUCAGUUAAGUCUUCGGAGCCUUUCUCUGUAGUACCUAUGGACUCUUCCUCCAUGGACAAAGACCAGAUGCUGCAGGAGAAGGACAAACAGAUUGAGGAGUUGACCCGGAUGCUGAGGCAGAAACAGAGGCUGGUGGAGACCCUCAGGUCCCAACUGGAGCUGGGUAAGAUUGCAGGAGGCGUGGCCUCUGAGCGGGACUGGAGUGACAAGAAACCUGUAGAUGUUAAACACCAGAAAGUCAUUAAAGCCUCAGCCGUUGAAUCCCCCGUGCUUCUCAAUGGCCUUUUGAAGGUGAAGGAAGAGCCUGAGACUGAAGAAGGAAUGGUGGGAGUAGUGGAGGAGGCCCAAAGCAAAAAAAUGGUCCAGCCCAUGCAGUGCUCCCAGGAGACUCUCCUCAAACUGCAGCAGAUUAACCGGCUGCAAGUCCAACAAGCAGAGCAGCUAAAGCAGAAGGUUUCAGAGCCUAAGUUGAAUCCUCAAAAACAGACUGAGCACAAGAGGGAAUCCCAAAUCCUGCUUCAGCAACAGCAGCAACUUCAGCAGCUCAUCAUUCAGCAGACUCAGCAAAAACAGCUCCAAGUCCAGCACAAGUUUUCACAGCAGAAACAACUGCAACAAGCUCAAGGCAAGAAGAACCAAACGCAGCACAAGAACCCGGUUCAGAUAAAGCAGGUUCGGGUGCAGAUCCAAAACCAGACGGCGGCCAACGAGAAGCCUGCAGCCAAUCAAAGCCAACAGAAGAAGCAGCUAAAGACACAGCAAAGGCAGGAGCAAAAACAGCAAGCCGGCGCCGCCACACAGCAGGUGGCGCCAGUCUUUAUCAACCAACAAAACGGCACUCAAAUUCACACUCAGGCUAUCUCAUUGGACCUCCUUAAGGCCGGUGGUACUCUUGUCACAGAUACCAAUGGCAACCACUACUUGAUCGCCCUCACCGGUAACACGGCGGACGGCCCGAACCGAGCGCCCUCGCAGGUCAAGAGCAACGGACGUGUCACACUGCAGAGACUGCAGUCGACUCCAAACAAGUUGCCCAGCACUGACGGCCAAUUGCAAGCACAAAAAGAUAGCCAGAGUGUGAACCAGCCAAUCAAAAAGUGUGAGAAACCUGAGCUGCACGUGGACACUAAUAGGGUCCCUCCUGCCAGCUCUUGCGUCACGGCACCCCCAAACAUGCAGCCUUUCUUCGACGACAUGUCGGACAGCGAAAGCCAAAGCAAUCCCAACACCUCUUUCAAGCAGAGAGAGCGAGUCUGUCCAUCUUAUGACCGACACACUCUGUUUACUCCUCCCUCUCCCAAACCCAACAUCUUUCUUCCUACACAGCGCUCCAAAGGGAACAGCGUCAAUUGUCAGCAGGUGGAUGACCUCUUUGACAUCCUUCUUAAGAGUGGAGAAAUUGCAGGUUUUAAGGCCAACCCAGACCCGUCACUCGCCCCUCUGCACUCUGACCCACCCUCGCCGUCGUCCCCGCCGUCCCCUCUCCACCUCUCGCCUCCCACCCCGACCUGUCCCCUGAUCUCACCUCCGGUCUCCCGGAGGGAGCAGUGUCCAGGCGGCGGUCGCAUAGAUGACUUCCUGGAGAGCUCGGCUCUGCUCGGCGUCGAACCGGGAAGCGGCCUGGCUCUCAUCGACGAUCUCCACAGCCAAAUGCUGAGCACCGCAGGCCUCCUGGACCACCCGCCGUCCCCCAUGGACACGUCCGACCUGGGCUUCUCCCCCCACUCGACGGGGCUGGACUUCGGGGACGCCGCCCUGGACAGUAUGGACUGGCUGGACAUCUCCAUGGUGGGCAGCUCCGGAGGCGGAUGCGGAACUGUAGGAGGCGGCGACGGGACAACCAGCUUGACGCCCUUGGCGCCGCACACGCCGCCGAGCGUAUUUUCUGCUGACUUCCUGGACAGCACAGACCUGCUGCACUUGGAGUCGUGCCUGUAGCCGCAAAUGGCGACGAGCUGCGUUCGGGCUCCGACUUGAUACCUUCUUUAUGCUGUCUUUUAUCACUGCUGGGCUCUCUGGCGCACGCAUACGGGAAGCUUUUUGAGCAUUUAUGAUAUCCUUUAUUUACUAUAGUUAUGAAAUCAUAUCUUUUUAAAAAGAUGUCGCUGGUUAAGUCAUGGAACUUAGAAAGGAUAUUGAAUAAAUACUGAACACGCUUCCCAUUCACACACAUGCACACAGCUCUUGGAUUACUGGCUUUAUUAUGCACUUUGACCUGGGUUUCAAAUAAUUUGUAUAGUUUAUCAAUUAGUGUUGCACCAAUACGGCAGUAAAAUGAGUACUACAUUUCACGGCGAUAUGUACUUUCAAGUGAAUUUAAACUAGUAGACGUUGAAUCAAUUUGAAGUAAGAGGGUGGCAGCAAAUGAAAAUUCGUCUAGCGCCGUCAAUGGCAGCCAGUGAGGUAAAAAAUAACAUUCGUUGUUCUUCCAAUUAGUUUUAUCACUAAUAGACGUCCAAUCCAUUUGAAGUAGGAGGGAUGCAAGCAUGCAAGUCUCCUGUACGUUGAAUGGUGGCACCUCCUUCAAGAUUUACGUAACCGCCUCAGAAGAAUGAUUUUACUCACACUUUUUGGGGGAUUUUAAGAAAGGGUGAACAUUGUUUCACUAGGCCUGGCGCCUGUUGACAACUCAGGUGUUUGGACGGUGUUUUGUGACAGUUGCUAUUGGCACGAAGGAAGGAAGAUCGCAUUUUCUGCACUAUAAGGCGCACCUAAAAGCCUUCAGUUGUCUCAAAAACGCCUUCUAAUCUGAUGCGCUUUAUAUAUGGAUUAAUAUUGGUUAAUUAUGGCAUGUCUUUCUCUUUAGCGCAGCUCCAUCUAGUGGAUGUAUAACAAAACCCCAAUCAAGAUGACUACUACUACUACUGCUACUUCUGCACCUUAUAAUGUGGUGCGGCCUACAUAUGAAAACGAUUUUAAAAUGGUCCAUUUAUUGAAGGUGCGGCAGAAACAGUACUUACUCUCGUGCUCGUAUGGAACAGCAUUUGUAAAGGUUUUUUUUAAACUUGUCACCUUCUGGAUGAGGAUUUGGAAACACUUGCAACUGACAAUUUUUUUCUUCCCUUCACUUUUUUUCCUCCUUGCAACUAUUUUCUUUCCUUUUUUCACUAUUUUCCCUUUUCCUUCCCAGCUUUCGCUCCUUUCCCCCCCCUUUUUUUGCAACAAACUUGUCAAAGACUAGUAUUUUGUAAAAAAAAAAAAAAAUUGUUUUCUUUCCCUUUUCCCACCUGUAUUUCCCCCCCUUUUUCUCUUUGCAACUGACUAACAUUGCAGCCUUCUGGGUGGGAUUUUGGAAAGAAACAACUGGCUUUUUUUUUUCUCCCCCCUUUUUUCCCCUAUUAUUUUUUCCCCUUAUUCUUAUCUGGUUUUCCUCCCUUUUUUCUUUUUUGCAACUGACAAACUUGUAAAAGACUAGAAUUUAGAGGGGGAAAAGUAAUUUGCAUUUUUUCUUUUUUUUUCUUACUCAUAUUUUCCUUUUUCCACCUAUUUUUUUCUACCAACUGACUAACAUCACAACCUUCUUUCUGGAUAAGAAUUUGGAAAGAACUGGCUAUUUUUUUUCUUUUUUCCCCUAUUUUCUUUUUUCCCAUUUCCUUCCAAGCUUCCCCCUACCUUUUUCUUUAUGCAACUGAUUAACUUGUCAAAGACAAGAGUUUUUGGGGGGUGGGGGGGAGCAUUACCCCCCCCCCCCUUUUUUUUUCUUCUUCUUUUUUUUCUCCUUGCAACUGUCUUAACAUUGGAUCCUUCUGGAUGAGAAUGUGGAAAGAAACUCUUACAACUUACUAUUUUUUUUUCUUUCUCUCUCCCUUUUUCCCUAUUUUUUACCUUUUACUUCCAAGCCCCCCGCACCCCCCCCCCUUUCUUUUUUGCAACUAACCAACUUGUCAAAGACUGGAAUUUGGGGUAGAAAACCAAAGUCAGUUGCAUUACUUUCUUCUUUCUUUCCCUUUUCUUUUUUCUUUACUAGUGUUUUCCUUUUUCUACCUGUUUCACCUGCCUUUUUUCCCCUUGCAACUGACUAAAAUCGCAGCCUUCUGGGUGAGAAUUUCAACGAAACACUUGCACUUUUUCUCCCUUUUUCUUUGAGUACAGAUCCCUGCUAAUGUUGCCUUCAAAGGCUAAUACAAAACAAGCACCUUGACGGAGCAAUCAUUACCGAAUAUAAUUUAACUGUCAUAAUUUAGUUGCAGUAGGCCAACACUUAGAAAUAAUAAUCUCCUGCAUUAAAUGAUUCGGUAGAUGACAUGCAUCCCUCACACUUCAAGUCGAUUGGACGUAUAGCGCCUUAAGUGGCAACCAAUGAAUUACAAUUACGUUCAAGUAAGCAUGCAGUAAUUUAGUAUUAAAAGAAAAUUGUAUUUUUUUUCCAAAAAUCGUAUCGGUACAGUAUCAGCCGAUAACGCAAAAAUGGUAUCGGUAUAACAUUAAUAUCGCUGAGCAUAUCAGUCAUUUCAAGGAACGUGUUAUUAUCAGAACUUGUACUCCCUGAUGUGUGUGAAGUGCGUGUGUCCGUGCCUCCUUAACUUUGCACUUGAGUCAAUUUGAUUGAAAAGGGAGGCGUGUGGGUCACCGGACGAAUGUUGGGCAAAGCUGCCUUUUGUGUUACAUGACUGGUCAUCUGGCAACACUGAAGCCCACCCACACUUUGUCAAAAAUAUUACAGGCACAACCUUCAUUGGUUGUCAGUUGCUGUUGAAACGAACCUUACCAGUGGCGACAGUUUUCAUUGAAGCCUCGUCAGAGGGCGCGUAUUAUUGGUAACAUUAUGGUAGACCACUAUUGCUGUAUAUGGGGUGUAUAAUAUCAAUUGUUCAUAUGGCUAUUUUUUUUUUUUCUUUGCUGGUUGUUUAGUGGAGCUAGCCAGCUGGGGAAAUAGGAUAAGGCCAGGGACUCUUAAAAACUUGGACCUUGUCUUUAAUUUUUUUUUUUUUUUUUUUAAGAAUAAAGAAAAACAA